AUUAUAGACCUUAUGUGUUAAGAAUAUUGUAUAAAAUUGCGUGAACAUUUUUGACAAAUACUUACAUUGAUCAUGUUAUAAUUAUGUUGGACGGAAAAAGAAUCAGACAGUCAACAUAAAUAAGUUGCCGGUUCCUGUCAGCGCACAGUGUGUGUCGAGCUCUUGUGCCAAAACGUAAUAGAACGUGUUUUUUUUAUAAAAAUAUUAUUUCUUAUUAAAUAACAAAUAUACAAUGAAAAUGUUCGCGGCAUACAGUUUGGUUAUUCUUUCCCUGGUUUACGCAACAAAUUGCAAAGAUGGAUUUUUACCUGAAUACAUCGAACCAUGCAACAUCAAAAGCGAUAACUUUACGGAAUGCGUGAAGGAACAGAUAGAAAUAACCCUUCCUAAAUUCACUAAGGGCAUCCCUGAAAUGGGUGUGCCUUCGAUAGACCCAGUGCAGUUGAGCAACAUCGAAAUAGACGGCAAUGGACUGAACCUGUCCUUCUCGAAGGCAGCUAUGCAUGGACUAAGUGACAGCAUGUUGACUGAACUCAAGCUUGAACUAGGGAACAACAAAAGCGAGGAAACCUUCUCCUUGGCAUUCAAAGGCAACAUGAGUCUGACAGCGCAGUACGUCGUCGAUGGCAGGAUUCUGAUCCUGCCAAUUACAGGCAAGGGUGACGCUAUAGUCAAAGCACAGGGAAUCGAAGUUUGGUUGGACAGCAAACUGACCCACCAUAAGGACGAAAGUGGCGUGCACUUUAAGCUGGCGACACCGAAGUACAAGUACACCAUCGAACGUACCACGUUUGACCUGAAGAACCUGUUCAAUGGGAACAAACAACUCGCGGAAACCACACUAGCUUUCGCCAACGAGAACUGGCAGCAAUUGAUGGACGAACUAUCGCCACCAGCCAUCAAGCAAAUUGUGCGCACCCUCGUCAAGACAAUCAACAAAUUCUUCUCAAAAGUCACCAUAGACCAAAUUGUCAAAGGAUAUUUCGAUGAAGAAACCGAAAAUUAAUGUUAGCAUGUAUUAUUAGGUAUCGAUGUAAGAAGUAUUUAUUAAUACUUUUAUUUAUCUUGCAAUUAUAAAAUAACUUUCUUAUCUAAAGCUGAGUUUUCAUCCGGUAUGUGCCGUGAGUGAUGUUUGGAGAUAACUAAUAGGAUUGUUACCUAUACUUCCCGAGCGUUCUGCAACAUUAUACCUCUUCAGGAAGCUCUUAUUUAUAUGUUUUCUUUAAACGCAUUCUUCGUUACAUAUAUACCAGAUCGCAGAAUAAAUCUAGUGAAAAUCUCAAAGGAAAACUUUCUUUAUAUACUCUUUUAUCUUUCCUCUUUAACGAAUUGGGUACUCGUAUUUUCAUCCGUUGGUGCUACCUGUGUUAUUAAAUAAGACUAAAAUAUU